GGCAGCCGAGUCUAGCGGGCGUGCCAUUAUUCGGGUUCCCUUUGAAUGUUUUCAAAAAUAUUGUGAUCAAUUACACACGGCCGUCUCAACUUAUCAACUAUCGAGAUGUCACCGUGUCGAGUAGCGGCGUGCCUGACAGCUCUAGUGGCGAUGUGCUUCGCGCCGUCACCAGUGCGCUCCCUCGACCUCAACAAGCUGUAUGGACACCAUACAAAACGCUCGGAGUACUGCCACCCGUACGAACCGUUUAAGUGCCCUGUGGACGGUAACUGCAUCUCCAUCCAGUACCUCUGUGAUGGCGCCCCGGAUUGCAUUGACGGCUACGAUGAGGACUCCAAGCUCUGCACUGCAGCAAAACGUCCUCCAGUAGAAGAGACAGCGUCGUUCUUACAGUCGCUCAUCGCGUCCCACGGCCCAAACUACUUGGAAAAACUCUUCGGGAGCAAGGCUAGAGACGCUCUGGAACCUUUGGGAGGCGUCGAGAAGGUCGCUAUUGCACUGUCUGAAUCACAAACUAUCGAGGACUUUGGCGCCGCACUGCACUUGAUGAGGUCUGACCUUGAACACCUCCGCUCAGUCUUCAUGGCAGUGGAGAAUGGAGACCUCGGCAUGCUUAAAUCCCUCGGCAUCAAGGACAAUGAGCUCGGUGACGUAAAAUUCUUUCUCGAGAAGCUAGUAAACACUGGCUUCCUCGACUGAAUAGCGCCGGAGUCAGCCUCUGACUACUACCAUGUCGUCCAAUAUGGUCCCAUCAGCUCCUCAUUCUACAGCUACCUUCCCUACGAAUCCUUCAAGUAUAAGAGGAACUGAGGUUCUUCUUACUCCUUCUAACAGUAAGAAAGAUGCGUGCAUGAAGUUUAUCUCCAAGAAGCACUCGUCCGGGACGGGAACCGUCUUCUACAACCGGCCACGUGGAAACGAUCCCCAUCGGACGAAUGUCUUCCGUUUUAUUUAAUCUUCGCUUGUAACACUUCUGCGAAAUUCCGGAACUCGAUUUUAAAAAUUAAUAUCUAGAAUCUCUGAAAUUAAAUUUCAAAUUGGUAGCGAAACUCCUGCUAGAAUUCUGGCCACCAACUUUGUAGGUCAGAGAAUUUCGUACUGGUGUAUGUGAUUAAUCAAUAUUUCUGAACAUCCAUUUAGAUAUAGAUUAAGAGCAAUAUCUUUUUUCGGGUAGUCGUUAGGAUAAGAUAUUUUUAUUGUUGUAUUCUUUGAAUUCCAGUUUUCAAAACUGGAUUCUUUAUUUUAUGAACAGGAUGUAGGUUCUCGCGUCCGUCAUGCAUACGCUUAAUUGCUAAAUAAACAUUUGAAAGUAAGACUGGUUUUUCGUCAUUCCUUUUCUAGAUGACUUAUUUUACUGACUCCUUUAGUUACGUUUUUCGUUUCGGAAUUUA